GUGCAUUGGUGUGGCUCCAAAUUGUCUUUGGGGACAGCUACGUGUGGUAGUCCGCGAAUUAAGCUGGUGCUGUUUGCUUCGCUCGGACAAUGUCGCCGCUGUUGUUCCCUGCGGAUUAUUGUGCAUGAUAAUUGAAAUAAAAAAAAAGAAGAAAAAAUAAAAGAAAAAUAUAUAUAAACAUUCUUCGAUUCUAUCGUGCUGGUCAUUGUCAACUGCUGCUUGGCCAAAAUCGUUUAAUUGGAAAUUUGUUAUUUGAACCCGACGAACCGUGAAAAUACAACGGAAAAACUGUCGCGACAAAGGCGACUGCCAAAUUGAAAAAGCAAAAAGCAAAAUUAAAUAAAAUUAUAAGAAAGGAAAAUGUUUCACCCGCGUAUUGUGUGCGGCAACCAAAAAAGGAAAUGUAAUGAGCGUUGGGGCAAUUAAAAAUCAAUAGAAAACUGUAGACAGAAAGCGCCACAGCAUGAACCUAAGCAACAUAACCGUGGCCAUGCCCAGCAACAGCAGCUGGCUGGAGUCGCAGCUGGAGCUGACCACAGCGAGCAGCAACUUAGACAAUUCAACUCUAUCCUCAUUCUACGCCGAGGCGGAGGCCAUACGGGCCACUGUGCGCUGGCUGGUGCCAAUCUUUUUUGGCAUCAUUGCCAUCUCGGGUUUCUUUGGCAACCUGUUGGUCAUACUGGUGGUGCUGCUGAACAAGAACAUGCACUCCACAACAAAUCUGCUGAUUGUCAACCUAGCCGCAGCCGAUCUGCUGUUCGUCAUCUUCUGCGUACCGUUCACGGCAAUCGACUAUGUGACCCAGCAUUGGCCCUUUGGCAAGAUGUGGUGCCGCAGUGUCCAGUAUUUGAUAGUGGUUACCGCUUAUGCUUCCAUCUAUACGCUCGUCCUGAUGUCCAUCGAUCGCUUCUUGGCCGUCGUUCAUCCCAUACGCUCUCGCAUGCUGCGCACCGAGCAUAUCACAAAGAUAGCCAUAUUUACGCUCUGGACGGUGGUGCUGACUGUCUCCAUGCCGGUCACCUUUGCGCAUGAUGUGGUGGUCGACUAUGAUAACCAGACGAACGUCACCUACGCCAUGUGCCGCUUCAUAGACAACGAUGUCCUUGAUCUGAGCACCUUUCAGGUGAGCUUCUUCAUAAGCUCGUAUCUGCUGCCCCUGAUGGUCAUCAGUGGAUUGUAUGUGCGCAUGAUAAUGCGCCUCUGGCAUCAGGGCACAGGCGUGCGCAUGUCCAAGGAGUCGCAGCGUGGUCGCAAACGGGUCACCCGUCUGGUGGUUGUUGUGGUCAUUGCCUUCGCCUCGCUCUGGCUGCCCGUGCAGCUAAUACUACUGCUGAAGGCGCUGGACAUGUAUGAAAUAAACAGCAUGUUUAAUGUCAUACUGCAGAUAGUGGCCCAUACCAUGGCGUACACCAGCUCCUGCAUCAAUCCGCUGCUCUACGCCUUUCUCUCAGACAAUUUUCGCAAGGCCUUCUACAAGGCCAUUAACUGCUCGAAUCGCUACCACAAUUACACAUCUGAUUUGCCGCCGCCGCGCAAGACGUCCUGCGGCAGGACCUCCACGACGGGCAUGUAAGCGCCAAUGCGACGACAACCAAAAAUCGGCGACAGCCCCAAUAAUAUGUAGUAUGUAUCGAAUUGUGAUUGACCGACUGGCAACAGCAGGGGGAGUGGGAGAAGGUGGCAGAUUGAUUGCCUCGCGGACGCUGGAACGCGGCCAACCGGCUAAAUGCGGCCGAUUAUGGGGCUGAGCAUGUGCCGUUAAUUAACGUCCGAUGCCCAAAAUGAAAGGACCGAAGUUUCCAGCACAGCAACAAAGUAAAACUCUGAUCAAAAUAAAGCGCGCAUUUCAAAUCGCGAUAGCUAUUUGAAUCAUCCAGUUGUAUAUGUAUUUAGACUUAGGUAUAGAUGUACUAUAUAUAGGCAAAUCGAACUCCCUACGAGUUAACGCUUGUUAUGGGCCACGCGCAGUCGUGUGCAGUGGGGCGUUGCCAAAUGUAAACAAAACUGUUAAUUGCGCAGCUUUUUGCUAAUUCAAUGUAAACAAUAAAUGAAAUAAACAAGAAAUCCAAUAUUA